UCACUACUGUAGAUAAUCAACGCCGCGUGAUAGAACCACUUUAUUUUCUUGUGCGAGCUCAUACAGUUUCUUUGAUAACUGGAGUAAUGUCGUGAGCAAUCGUUUAAGGUUUAUUUGUCCGCGAGAUAUUUUUGUAGGUAAAUACAAUGUUCAAUAGUGGUAUCUGUACUUGGAUUAGAUUUAUUUGUUUCAUUUUGAAAUAUAUAUAUAUAUAUUAUCAUACGUAUUUAAUAAAAAAAUAUUGUCGUACUACAAAAACGAUGGAGAGGGACUUCGAGUUAGGGAGAGUGUGUGAGUGAGGAUGGUCAGCUAUGGGGAUUACAACGACCUAGGACAGUUGGCGCCAGAAUCCGCCAACAACACCCCCGCAUACGUAAAUGGCACGUGGACCGGACCCGGCGAUCCCACCUCUCUACUUAUACAGACUCUCGGAGAGCGCCGGAAGGGUGCGGCCACAGUUCUGCUCCUCACAAGUAUCUACAUCGCCAUCUUCAUUACGGGCGUUGUUGGUAAUUUAAGCACAUGUAUAGUCAUAUGGCGAAAUUCGUACAUGCACACUGUGACUAACUACUACCUUUUCAACCUCGCCGUGUCCGACGUCCUUACCCUGUUAAUCGCCCUGCCGCCGGAAGUCUACUCGAUCUGGGAGGCGUACCCGUGGCGUUUCGGGGAGCCGUUUUGCAUCCUAAAGACAUUCGUCAUGGAGAUGACUUCAUAUUCCUCGGUGCUCACCAUCACAGGUUUUACCAUAGAACGCUACUUGGCCAUAUGUCAGCCAAUCAAAAUACUGCCAUGUUGUCACGUGUCACGGGCAACCCGCUGUAUAAUCGUUAUAUGGACUAUAUCGACGUUCAGUGCCUUGCCUUACCCCGUACAUACACGGACAUUCUACUACUUGAGCGAUCCGUUGACGGAGCGGCCUAUCGCGGACUCGCUUGUUUGUAACAUUCCUCUUCGAUGGACGGGCCGGAUGAUCACGGUGUUUCAACUGUCCACCUUUGUGUAUUUCCUCGUUCCAAUGAUUGUCAUCACGCUCAUUUACGUGCUCAUCGGCGUCAGGUUGCGGGCCUCGGAACUCAAGGCGCCCGAAAGUCCACAGUACGGCAAGGCCACCGCCACCAGAGCACGCCGGGCCAUCCUCAGAAUGCUAGUGGCGGUGGUGGUAGCGUUCUUCCUGUGCUGGGCUCCAUUCCAUGCUCAGCGACUCAUGACCCUGUACGUGGAACAUUGGACCUCUAAGCUCAUCGAAGUGCAGGGAUACCUUUUCUACGUGUCAGGAAUCCUGUAUUUCUUCAGCUCAACUGUUAAUCCAAUUUUAUAUAAUUUGUUGUCGAGAAAAUUUCGACGGGCUUUUAAACGGACACUGUGCAGAUGUUUCGUGAGUGCUAAUUCUCUGCCAACCUUUUAUAUGCUCAAGGCUAAGUUUAUAAACAAUGAUGAAGAGGCAGGCUCAUCCCGGGGACCGUCCAUUAGCCGUCCGUUUCAGGAGAAGAAAGGAGUAAGGCUCGUCACAUACUACAAGAACGACAAACACGCCUCACGCGGCCGGAAAACGUUAGAGAAACCGUCGACACUUGACACGCUGUUGAAUAAAACCAGCCGAAGUCCAACGUGCAGCUCGCACGCUCAUUCUGACGGAGGGCUUCACGCACUCUGUCGACAUAAACGCUGCACGAGCAGACGGCAAAGUUCUUUAACGCCUCGACAGAAUGGAUUAGUGGCUUCGUUUCAGGAUAUAAAAACACUACGGCGUAAAAAUGUCACGGCUAGCCCGAGCAGACGAAAUGCUAACAUACCAGACGUUAAUGAAGACAUCUAUGAUGCGGAAUCGACCUCACACCCCCCCCAUACUGAGAAUAACGCUGAGAGUGUAGCAGUGUACAAAUAUGACUGUGUUGGAUGAGGUAUAAUCAUCAUCAUCAUGUUGAAAGAAGUACUUAUCAUGUACAAGGUAAAACACGACAGACAAGUGUUUCAAGUGUUGGACCAAAAAUGUCAGCUCCUCCGAUAAGGUAGUCUGCUCCUUUAGUUGCGUUGUCGGUUUUCAAUGUGUUCGUACUGUUUUUUUAUAUAAUCAAGGCCUGCCCUCAGAAUGGCUAAACCCAGCCGUAGCGCCAUCAUGACGUCAAUUGUUUCAUAUUCAAUAAGUGACAUAAGAUAGAAAUGACUACGAGUCCAGUCAAAUGCAUAUAUCAGCAGACUUAAAGGAGAGUUGGAUACAAGAGAUCCAGGUGCGAUACUCCGGGUAGUUCCGGGAGGGACGUUAAAACGGGAGUCCUGUGUGGCAGUGCUUUGAUCCAGAAUAGCUUUAACCAGGUUAACAUUCUGUCUGUGCACUAUGCUCCUAAUUCUUAAUAUGACUAACAAUCUUAUCGGAGCACUCGCCGAGUGGGCCAUCCUCGAGUACGAGUAUAUAUAAACUAACACACAUGCAUUAACUGAAAAUGAGAUAUAUUAACAUUGCACUUAAUGUGCAGACACAUUAAUUUGUAAGAUAUUAUAUUAUCUGUAAUGAAGUGAUUUAUGUUAAUAUAAUUGAAAUUUCCAUAAAAUACUGAGUACUUAUUGUAUUCACCCGGACAGAUGAAUAUUUUAUAUUAGCACAAGUACUUAGAUAUUAAUU